AUGAAGUGCCUUCACGAUCCCAAUGAGUCCCAGAGUAUCCAUUCCCACGCUCACAUAUUCAGCGCCGACACCAUCCCUACCAAUCGAUUUCCAGACAGCGACCUAGGCACGCAUCUGACAUAUUCCCCAUCCACCGUCAGUGCAUUUGCAGCUGCGAUACCCACCUACAAAGCCCUCUUCAAAGAAUUCAAACGGCACUCGGCCCCCUCUACUUUAGCAUCUACUACUCAUGUCACCACCCAAGAAGCUCCAGCAGCCCCACUUCCAGCAGGGGCCCCAUUCGAUAGCGAACUUUUUGCCCAGAUCAUGGCCAACGCUCUCAAAGGUGCCAAUGCCAGCACCAAGGAAAAAUAUCUCGCCCGCACUUUGGCCAGUGCCAAAGAUUCUUUCAGCUUGAUUUUUGGCCAAGUCAAACCGGUCAUCCAACUCGACGGAUCCACUGUCAAUGAAUUCCACCCAUCUGUACUCACUGACGACUUUACCACAUUCUUGGAAAUCGGUUCAAUCAAAGAGGCCCUACGCCACCUCCAUGAUACUUUUGCCCACAUCACCGAUACCCUCACCACCCGGAACAACUACGACCGCAAUGUCGACUUUGAUAUUGCCCUCUUCCAACACGCUACAGUCACUGCCCUCAAAACAUGCAGCUUUGGAGUUCGACCCCUAACCAUGCACCCCCACGAAGCAACCUCACUUCUAAGCCUCCUCGCUUGGCUCCCUCCGAAAAAAAAUGAUGUCAGGUACACCACUUUCCUUUCGGAAGGUCGCGACAUAAUUCGCCAGGAAGCCAUGGAAGAAGACAAGUCCAAGCAAGCCGCGAAAAAGACAGACAUUUUUGUUCAUGGCGACGUCGGAUCUGUCAAAGCUCUGAUCAAGAUGUUAGCAAAUUUCUUUGCCUUUUGUCAAAUACUGUGUCAAAGACUUUACCUUCAAUGA